GUCAGCAUGUGUCAAAGAUCUGAUCUAGCUGCAUUGGGCAACCAGCAACCCCGCGGCGGCGAAACCGUUAUCAGAUUGUUUUACUUUAUUAUCAAUCGGGGGCUAUCCCUUUUUGGUCAAUGUUAGAAGAGGGGAAGUGUGAGAUGACCUUCCCUUUAUCUUCUCCCUAUCUGUUUAUUUUCUUCUCUCUAUUCUCUUUGAACAUGUCUCUGGUCUACACAUCUUCUUUACUUCUGAUUGAUGUCUAGAUUAGAGCUUUAUGGGUGAGCCUUUAGAGAGAAUAUAUGCACCACGCGACACAACAAUGAGCCUCCUUGUCCUUGAUAUCAGUUCCUUCGUACACAGCUCGAGGAACCGAGGCUAUUUUACUCGACCAUUCUGUUUCAAAUCUGCGUAUAGUAUCAAAAAUAAAUCCACAAGACUCGGUUAUUUAAGUCAACAUUCUCGUUGGUCCAUUUUCCUGAUAGACUUGGAUCUACUCAACUGGGAAUCUUCCUACCUAAUCCGAAUCCCCCGAGAAGACUUUUUCCUGGAAUACAGCACUGCAUUGCUAUCGAGGACUUUAUGGCGGUGUCCACUGUCCAGUUCACUCCACGCCGUACGACUCUACCGCCACAAUCGUGCCUCGUACAACGUGACGCUCCAUUCUCGAGCUGUACAGAGUAGUACUGCCUGCUCUGAGUGUCUAGGACCCAACGAAAACUUGCGGUCCUAUAAUCGCUUUCCUUCUAGAAAGAAGGUGGACACAGUUGUAGCCUAGAGGCAGUUAGGGUAGAAGUACUGCUGUAUGAACGUAGUACAUAGUUAC